AUGAGUCAGUUUUUAAGAGAACGAUCUCCUCAGCAGAAUGUAGUGUCUUACGUCAGUGUGAGUACCCAGACAGCUUCAGAUGACCAGGCUGGUAAAUUAUGGGAUGAGCUCAGUCUGGUUGGCCUUCCAGAUGCCAUUGAUGUCCAAGCCUUAUUUGAUCCUACAGGCACUUGUUGGGCUCAUCACCGUUGUGUGGAGUGGUCACUAGGAGUGUGCCAAAUGGAAGAACCAUCAUUAGUGAAUGUGGACAAAGCUGUUGUCUCAGGGAGCACAGAAAGAUGUGCAUUUUGUAAGCACCUUGGAGCCACUAUCAAAUGCUGUGAAGAGAAGUGUACCCAGAUGUACCAUUACCCCUGUGCUGCGGGAGCUGGCACCUUUCAGGACUUCAGCCACUUCUUCCUUCUUUGUCCAGAGCACAUUGACCAAGCUCCUGAGAGAUCAAAGGAAGAUGCAAACUGUGCAGUGUGCGACAGCCCUGGAGACCUCUUAGAUCAGUUCUUUUGUACUACUUGUGGUCAGCACUAUCAUGGAAUGUGCCUGGACAUAGUGGUCACUCCAUUAAAACGUGCAGGUUGGCAGUGUCCUGAGUGCAAAGUGUGCCAGAACUGCAAACAAUCGGGAGAAGAUAGCAAGAUGCUAGUGUGUGACACAUGUGACAAAGGGUAUCAUACUUUUUGUCUUCAACCAGUUAUGAAAGCAGUACCAACCAAUGGCUGGAAAUGCAAAAAUUGCAGAAUAUGUGUAGAGUGUGGCACACGAUCUAGUUCUCAGUGGCACCACAAUUGCUUGGUCUGUGACACUUGUUACCAACAGCAGGAUAACUUAUGUCCUUUGUGUGGAAAGUGCUGCCAUCCAGAAUUGCAGAAAGACUUGCUCCAUUGUAAUAUGUGCAGGAGAUGGGUUCACUUAGAAUGUGACAAACAAACAGAUCAUGAGCUGGAUUCUCAACUCAAAGAAGAGUAUAUCUGCUUGUAUUGUAAACACUUAGGAGCUGAGGUGGAUGCCUUACUGCCUGGUGAUGAAGUAGAGAUGGCCGAACUCAAUGCAGAUUCUAACACUGAAAUGGAAGUUGACAGACCUGAAGACCAAAUGGCAUUUUUGGAGCCAACAAUUGAUAAAGACAUCAAUGCUAAGGAGUCCAUUCCUGGAAUUGUUCCAGAUGCAGCUGAAGUCCACACUGAGCAGCAGCAGCAGCGACCAUGUCGUCCAUCAGAAAGUCUUGGCACAGAUGGUCUUCUCAUUACUGAAUCAUCUCUCAGCAAAAUGAAUCCUGAUUUGGAAAAUGAUGUUUCCCCUGAGAUUGGUGGUGAAAACACGGAAAUGCCUUCUAAAGUGAUGACAGUUUGUGAUGAAGAUCAGAAUGGAGACAAAAUGGAAGUGACAGAAAAUAUGGAGGAGCUUACACAGGAGAUCACUGUGCGGCAAGAUGAUCAGCAUUUGUUAAAGGAACCUACAGUGGUGACAGCCAAAGAAGCAGCGAGCCCUCCCACAUCAACCAUGGAAUCUGUCCUUGUUCCACCAGAAGCCUUAGCGUCCCCGAGUCAGGAGAGUAUUUCUUUAUGUUCUAGUGAUCAGUUGCUUAUUGACAGAGUUCAAGCAGAAAUGGAACAGAAAGAAAAUUCCAAAUUUCCCACCGGGUGUAUGGACUGUGAAAUGACUCCUUCAAUCGAGAGUUGCAUGAAAGAUGGCUUGUGCCAAGGGGACGGAUCUAUAAACUUACCUUCUGAGAUUGAGUCAUUUUCAUCAGUGGAGAUGAGCAAGACAAACACUGCUUCCUCCCCAACACGUUCUUCAGACUUGCCUUCACAUGAUAGGCUGCAGGGUUACCCUUCGACGCUCAGCUCUCCUGCUGGAAAUAUCAUGCCAACAACUUACAUCUCAGUGGCUCCAAAAAUCGGCAUGGGUAAACCAGCUAUUACAAAAAGGAAAUUCUCUCCUGGUAGACCCCGAUCCAAACAGGGGGCCUGGAGUACCCAUAAUACAGUGAGCCCACCUUCCUGGUCCCCAGACAUUUCAGAAGGUCGGGAAAUUUUUAAACCCAGGCAGCUUCCUGGCAGUGCCAUUUGGAGCAUCAAAGUGGGUCGAGGGUCUGGAUUCCCAGGGAAGCGGAGACCUCGCGGAGCUGGGCUGUCGGGAAGAGGCGGCAGAGGGAGGUCCAAGCUAAAAAGUGGACUUGGCGCUGUUGUAUUACCUGGGGUGUCUGCUGCAGAUAUUUCCUUGAAUAAGGAUGAAGAAGAAAACUCUAUGCACAAUACAGUGGUGUUGUUUUCUAGCAGUGACAAGUUCACUCUGCAUCAGGAUAUGUGUGUGGUUUGUGGCAGUUUUGGCCAAGGAGCAGAAGGGAGAUUACUUGCUUGUUCUCAGUGUGGUCAGUGUUACCAUCCAUACUGUGUCAGCAUCAAGAUCACUAAAGUGGUUCUUAGCAAAGGUUGGAGGUGUCUGGAGUGCACAGUGUGUGAGGCCUGUGGGAAGGCCACCGACCCCGGAAGACUCCUACUGUGCGAUGACUGUGACAUAAGCUACCACACCUACUGCCUCGACCCUCCUCUGCAGACAGUUCCCAAAGGAGGCUGGAAGUGCAAAUGGUGUGUUUGGUGCAGGCACUGUGGAGCGACGUCCGCGGGCCUGAGGUGCGAAUGGCAGAACAACUACACCCAGUGUGCGCCGUGCGCCAGCCUGUCCUCCUGCCCGGUCUGCUGCCGAAACUACAGAGAAGAAGAUCUCAUUCUGCAGUGUAGGCAGUGUGAUAGAUGGAUGCAUGCAGUUUGUCAAAACUUAAAUACUGAAGAUGAAGUGGAAAAUGUAGCAGACAUUGGUUUUGAUUGUAGCAUGUGCAGACCCUAUAUGCCUGCGUCAAAUGUGCCUUCCUCGGACUGCUGUGAAUCUUCACUUGUAGCACAAAUUGUCACAAAAGUAAAAGAGCUAGAUCCACCUAAGACAUACACCCAGGAUGGUGUGUGCCUGACCGAGUCAGGGAUGACUCAGUUGCAGAGCCUCACAGUAACGGUUCCGAGAAGAAAACGAUCAAAGCCAAAACUGAAAUUGAAGAUUAUAAAUCAGAAUAGUGUGGCUGUCCUUCAGACCCCUCCAGACAUUCAGUCAGAGCACUCAAGAGAUGGUGAAAUGGAUGAUAGUCGAGAAGGAGAACUUAUGGAUUGUGAUGGGAAAUCAGAAUCUAGCCCUGAACGGGAAGCUGUGGAUGACGAAACUAAGGGAGUGGAAGGAGCUGAUGGCGUGAAAAAGAGAAAGAGGAAACCAUACAGACCAGGUAUUGGUGGGUUUAUGGUACGGCAAAGAAGUCGAACUGGGCAAGGAAAAACCAAAAGAUCUAUGAUCAGAAAAGAUUCUUCAGGCUCUAUAUCUGAGCAGUUACCUAACAGAGAUGAUGGCUGGAGUGAGCAGUUACCAGAUUCUUUAGUUGAUGAGUCUAUUUCUGUUGCUGAAAGCACUGAAAAAAUUAAGAAAAGAUAUCGAAAAAGGAAAAACAAGCUUGAAGAGACAUUUCCUGCCUAUUUACAGGAAGCUUUCUUUGGAAAAGAUCUUCUAGAUACAAGCAGACAAAACAAACUCAGUUUAGAUCAUCUGUCAGAAGAUGCCGGCCAGCUGUCAUAUAAAACAAGCAUGAAUUCAGGCUUCUUGGAUUCUUCCUUAGAUCCACUUCUGAGUUCAUCCUCCCCUCCAGCAAAACCUGGCACACAAGGUACUGCUGAUGACCCAUUAGCUGAUAUUUCUGAAGUCUUAAACACAGAUGAUGACAUUCUUGGAAUAAUCUCAGAUGACCUUGCAAAAUCAGUUGAUCAUUCAGAUAUUGGUCCUAUUGCUGGUGACCCUUCCUCCUUACCUCAGCCAAGUGUCACUCAGAGUUCACGACCUUUAAGUGAAGAGCAGCUAGAUGGGAUCCUCAGUCCUGAGCUAGACAAAAUGGUCACAGAUGGAGCAAUUCUUGGAAAGUUAUAUAAAAUUCCAGAGCUUGGAGGAAAGGACGUUGAAGACUUGUUUACUGCAGUGCUUAGUCCUGCGGCCAGUCAGCCGACUCCACUGCCACAGCCCCCGCCUCCACCACAGCUGUUGUCAAUGCACAAUCAGGAUGUUUUUUCACGGAUGCCACUCAUGAAUGGCCUUAUUGGACCCGGUCCUCAUCUCCCACAUAACUCUCUGCCUCCGGGCAGCGGAUUGGGGACUUUCCCAGCUGUGGCCCAGUCCCCUUACGCUGAUGCCAGGGAUAAAAACCCAGCCUACAGUGCAAUCGGAAGUGAUCCUAAUGGCUCAUGGGCUCCAUCAGUCCCUGCUGUGGAAUGCGAAAAUGAUACCAUGUCAAAUGCCCAGAGGAGCACGCUAAAGUGGGAGAAGGAGGAGGCCCUGGCUGAAAUGGCAACCGUAGCUCCAGUUCUCUACACAAAUAUUAAUUUCCCCAAUUUAAAGGAAGAAUUCCCUGACUGGACAACUCGAGUAAAGCAAAUUGCUAAGUUGUGGAGAAAAGCAAGCUCUCAGGAAAGAGCACCAUAUGUGCAAAAAGCCAGAGAUAACAGAGCUGCCUUACGUAUUAAUAAAGUGCAGAUGUCCAAUGACUCCUUGAAAAGGCAGCAGCAGCAGGAUGCCAUCGACCCCAGUGUGCGCAUGGAUGCAGACCUUUUUAAAGAUCCAUUAAAGCAAAGAGAAUCAGAACAUGAACAGGAAUGGAAAUUCAGACAGCAAAUGCGUCAGAAAAGUAAGCAGCAAGCUAAGAUCGAAGCCACACAAAAACUGGAGCAGGUAAAGAAUGAGCAGCAGCAGCAGCAGCAGCAACAGCAGCAGCAGCAGCAGCAGCAACAGCAGCAGCUUGGUUCUCAGCACCUUCUGGUUCCAUCUGGUUCAGAUACUCCAAGUAGUGGAGCACAGAGUCCUCUGACACCUCAGCCAGGCAGUGGAAAUAUGUCUCCCGCACAGACAUUCCAUAAAGACCUGUUUUCAAAGCAGCUACACAACACCCCUGCUCCCACACCUUCAGAUGAUGUGUUUGUUAAGCCACAAGCUCCACGGGCUCCUGUUACCCCCUCCCGGGUGCCCAUUCAGGAGACUCUUUCUCAGUCUCCUUCUCAGCCACCUUCUCCACAAAUGUUUUCACCUGGAUCUUCUAACCCCCGACCAUUGUCUCCAAUGGAUCCUUAUGCAAAAAUGGUUGGUACCCCUAGACCACCUCCUGGGGGUCACAGUUUUCCCAGAAAAAACUCUGUCACAGCAGUGGAAAACUGUGUGCCUUUAUCAUCUGUACCCAGGCCCAUUCAGAUGAGUGAGACAACAACCAGUAGGCCAUCCCCGGCCAGGGACUUGGGUUCUUCCUCCACACCAAGUAGCGACCCCUAUGCAAAGCCUCCGGAUACGCCCAGACCCGUGAUGACAGAUCAGUUUCCCAAACCUUUGGGCCUACCUAGGUCUCCUUUAAUUUCAGAGCAAACUGCAAAGGGUCCUCUAACGGCCGGAACCAAUGAUCACUUUACUAAGCCACCUCCUCGGACAGAUGUGUUUCAGAGACAACGGAUACCUGACCCAUAUGUAAGGCCUUUAUUGACUCCUGCACCACUCGAUGGUGGUCCUGGGCCUUUUAAAGCUCCCCUACACCCUCCCCCCUCUUCUCAGGAUCCCUACGGAUCGCUGUCACAGGCAUCAAGACGACUGUCAGUUGACCCUUACGAAAGGCCCGUCUUGACACCAAGACCCGUGGAUAAUUUUUCUCAUGGUCAGUCAAAUGAUCCAUAUAGUCAGCCUCCCCUCACCCCACAUCCAGCAAUGAGUGACUCCUUUACCCAUUCUUCAAGGGCUUUUCCCCAGCCUGGAACUGUAUCAAGAUCAACAUCUCAGGACCCAUACUCCCAGCCCCCAGGAACUCCAAGACCUGUCAUAGAUUCUUAUUCCCAGCCCUCAGGAACGGCUCGGUCCAAUCCAGACCCCUAUUCUCAACCUCCUGGAACUCCCCGGCCUACCACUGUUGAUCCAUACAGUCAGCAGCCCCCAACGCCCAGACCAUCUCCACAGACGGACAUGUUUGUUGCACCCACCACGAACCAGAGGCACUCUGAUCCGUACGCUCAUCCUCCUGGGACACCAAGACCUGGAAUUUCCGUUUCCUACUCUCAGCCACCAGCAACACCACGGCCACGGACUUCAGAGGGGUUUACAAGGUCUGCAGGUGCAAGGCCAGCCCUUGUGUCAAAUCAGGAGCCUUUCCUGCAAGCAGCACAAAACAGAGCACCAGCUUUAUCUAGCCCUUUGGUAAGGCCACCUGAUACGUGUCCCCAAACACCUCGGCCACCGGGACCUGGCCUUCCCGACACAUUCAGCCGGGUGUCCCCGUCUUCCGCUCGUGAUCCGUAUGACCAGCCUCCCGGGACUCCUCGGCCUCAGGCUGACUCUUUCGGAACCAGUCAAGUUGUUCACGACGUUGCCGACCAGGGAGGACCUGGCUUGGAGGGGAGCUUCAGCACGUCUGCAAACCCUGCCAUGGGUUCCCAAGGGCAGCAGUUCCCCAGCGCCCCCCAGCAUCCUGGACCUGUGCCAACCUCAGGAGGAACUGACACACAGAACACUGUAAAUAUGUCUCAAGCAGACACGGAGAAAAUGAGACAGCGGCAGAAGCUACGUGAAAUCAUCCUCCAGCAGCAGCAGCAGAAGAAGAUUGCUAGUCGCCAGGAAAAAGGGCCUCAAGAUACAACAGGAAUGCCCCAUCCAGUGCCCCUUCCACAUUGGCAGCCCGAGAGUAUCAACCAGGCUUUCACUCGACCUCCACCUCCCUACCCUGGGAAUGUGCGUUCUCCAGUUGUUCCCCCGCUAGGACCUAGAUAUGGUCAGCGUGGACCCUAUCCUCCUGAUGUUGCUGGUAUGGGGAUGAGACCUCAUGGGUUCAGAUUUGGAUUUCCUGGAGGUAGUCAUGGAACCAUGUCCAGUCAGGAUCGUUUUCUUGUGCCUCCUCAGCAAAUGCAAGGAUCUGGAAUUCCCCCACACCUAAGAAGAUCAAUGUCCGUGGAAAUGUCGAGACCUUUAAGUAACUCAGCAAUGAGUAAUCCAGCUGGGCUUCCCCAGCAUUUCCCUCCCCAGGGCCUGCCGGUUCAGCAGCACAACAUACUAGGUCAAGCGUUCAUUGAGCUGAGGCAUAGGGCCCCUGAUGGGAGGCCUCGGCUGCCCUUUACUGCUUCUCCCGGAAGCAUGAUAGAGGCACCUCAUCCACGACAUGGAAACUUCGUUCCACGGCCAGACUUCCCAGGUCCCAGACAUCCAGAUGCCAUGAGAAGACCUCCCCAAGGCUUACCACCUCAGCUGCAGGCACAUCCUGAUUUGGAACCAGUGCCGCCAUCUCGACAAGAACAAAGUCAUCCUGUUCAUCCCACUUCUAUGGUUAUGAGGCCUCUGAAUCAUCCCUUGGGCAGUGAGUUUUCUGAAGCUUCCAUGUCCACAUCUGCCCCAGUUGAAACAACACCUGAUAAUUUGCACAUAGCCAGCCAGUCUUCUGAUAGUCUAGAAGAAAAACUAGACUCUGAUGACCCUUCUGUGAAAGAAUUAGAUGUUAAAGACCUUGACAGUGUUGAAGUCAAAGACUUAGAUGAUGAAGAUCUUGAAAAUUUAAAUUUGGACCCAGAAGACGGAAAAGGAGAUGAAUUGGAUACUUUAGGUAAUUUGGAAACAAAUGAUCCCAACCUUGAUGACCUCUUAAGGUCAGGAGAGUUUGAUAUCAUUGCAUACACAGACCCAGAACUUGACUUGGGGGAUAAGAAGAGCAUGUUUAAUGAGGAGCUAGACCUUAAUGUUCCGAUGGAUGAUAAGCUAGAUAAUCCAUGUGUAUCUCUUGAAACAAAAAAAAAGGAGCAAGAAGACAAAGCUGUAGUUCUCUCUGAUAACCAUUCACCACAGAAAAAUUCCACUGCCACCAGUGAGAAGAUAAAGAGAGAAACUGGGUCUCCACAUUGUAAAGAAGAAGCCAGAUGUGACAUUGAGAAAGGGGAUGAGAGUAAAGAUUGUGUGAACACUCCAUGCUCACAGGCUUCUGCUCAGCCAGACCUGCGUGAUGGAGAAAAGACUUCUUUGCUGCCUUCUGGUCCAGAUUUGCUUGAGAAGAGAACCAGUGGAGAAAGUGCUGGCUCCAACACCAGUACUGUGCAAGGCUCCUCACCACUGCCCGCUCGGGAUGGGACUAACACCUGUGAUAUCAUGGGAUCCACUCCUGUCCUUUCACGUUUACUUGCUAAUGAAAAGACUGACAAUUCAGACAUUAGGCCUCUGGGGUCUCCCACACCAGCUUUGCCGGUUUCACCAUCUAGCCGUGUGGCAAGUUUACCUCCUGCCUUAAUGCCACCACCUGGCCCUCUCUUGGAUAAUUCCAUGAAUUCUAAUGUAACAAUGGUCUCUAGGGCAAACCAUGCUUUUUCUCAGGGUGUGCAAGUAAAUCCAGGAUUCAUUCAGGCUCAGUCAACUGUUAACCACAGUGUGGGGACAGGAAAGCCUACAACUCAAAAUGUGCCUCUCACAAAUCCGUCCAGUACCACUGGCAUGUCUGGACCUCAACAGCUAAUGAUUCCUCAGACAUUAACCCAACAGCAGAAUAGAGAGAGACCUCUCCUUCUAGAGGAACAGCCUCUGCUUCUGCAGGAUCUUUUGGAUCAAGAGAGGCAAGAACAACAGCAACAAAGACAAAUGCAAGCCAUGAUUCGUCAGCGGUCAGAACCAUUCUUCCCUAACAUUGAUUUUGAUGCAAUUACAGAUCCUAUCAUGAAAGCCAAAAUGGUGGCCCUGAAAGGCAUAAAUAAAGUGAUGGCACAGAGCAAUCUGGGCAUGCCGCCCAUGGUGAUGAACAGAUUCCCUUUCAUGGGCCCUCCGGUGGCUGGCCCACAGAACACUGACGGACAGAGUCUGGUACCCCAGGCUGUUGCUCAGGAUGGCAGUAUAACACAUCAGAUUUCUAGGCCUAAUCCUCCAAAUUUUGGUCCAGGCUUUGUCAAUGACUCUCAGCGUAAGCAGUAUGAAGAAUGGCUUCAGGAGACCCAACAGCUCCUUCAAAUGCAGCAGAAGUACCUUGAAGAACAAAUUGGUGCACACAGAAAGUCUAAGAAAGCCCUUUCAGCAAAACAGCGCACUGCCAAGAAGGCAGGGAGAGAAUUUCCAGAAGAAGAUGCAGAACAGCUCAAGCAUGUCACAGAGCAGCAGAGUAUGGUUCAGAAACAGCUGGAGCAGAUUCGUAAACAACAGAAAGAACACGCUGAGUUGAUUGAAGAUUAUCGCAUCAAGCAGCAGCAGCAGCAGCAGCAGUGUGCACUGGCCCCACCCAUCCUCAUGCCUGGGGCCCCGCCCCCCCUCGUCUCUGGUGCCACUCCGCCCACCGCCAGCCAGCCCAGCUUUCCCAUGGUGCCACAGCAGCUUCAGCGCCAGCAACACACACCGGUCAUCUCUGGCCACACCAGUCCUGCUAGAAUGCCUGGUUUACCUGGUUGGCAGCCUGCCAGCACUCCUGCUCACCUCCCUCUCAAUCCUCCUAGGAUUCCACCCCCUAUCACACAAUUACCAAUAAAAACUUGUACCCCAGCCCCAGGUACAGUGUCAAACACAAAUCCCCAGGGCGGACCACCGCCACGAGUAGAGUUUGAUGACAACAACCCCUUCAGCGAAAGUUUCCAGGAACGGGAGAGGAAGGAACGCUUACGAGAACAGCAAGAAAGACAGAGAAUCCAGCUAAUGCAAGAAGUAGACCGGCAGAGAGCUCUGCAGCAGAGGAUGGAAAUGGAGCAGCACGGCCUGAUAGGCUCUGAGCUAGGAAACAGGUCCUCUGUGUCCCAGAUGCCAUUCUACCCUUCUGACCGACCUUGUGAUUUUAUGCAACCCCCAAGACCCCUUCAGCAGUCUCCGCAACACCAGCAGCAGAUGGGACCAGCUCUACAGCAGAGUGUCCAGCAGGGCUCUGUUAGUUCACCCCCCACCCAAACUUUCAUGCAGACCAGUGAGCGGAGGCAGGUAGGACCUCCAUCAUUUGUGCCUGACUCACCAUCCAUUCCUGGUGGAAGCCCAAACUUCCAUUCUGCUAAACAGCAGGGGCAUGGAAGUGUUCCUGGGACCAGCUUCCAGCAGUCGCCUUUGAGGUCUCCAUUUACACCUGCUUUGCCAGGAACACCUCCAGUAGCCAAUAGCAGCCUCCCAUGUGGCCAGGACCCUGCUACAGCCCAUGGACAGUGUUACCCAGGAUCAACCCCGUCUCUCAUUCAGCUGUACUCUGAUAUAAUCCCAGAAGAAAAAGGGAAAAAGAAAAGAGCAAGAAAAAAGAAAAAAGAUGAUGAUGCAGAAUCCACCAAAGCCCCGUCCACUCCCCACUCAGAUAUAACUGCUCCGCCGACCCCAGGCAUCUCAGAGCGUACCUCCACUCCCUCCAUGAGCACACCCAGUGAGCUCCCUCCACAGGGAGAACAAGAGGCACCCGAGCCGGUCGGCCCAUCGACUCCUGGUACAGCAACAGGCCAGCCAUGUUCCCAAUUAGAAAACAAACUUCCUGGGAGUGACUUCUCCCAGGGAGCUCCAGGCCACCACACAAAUGAAAAUUCAGAGGUGGAUAAACUCUCCACAGAAACUCCUGCCACAAGUGAAGAAAUAAAACUAGAGAAAUCUGAGACAGAGCCAUGCCUGAGUCAAGAGGAGACCAAACUGGAGGAACAAGGUGACAGUAAGGUGGAGGAGGACAUUGCCGCUGAUCCUGGCUCCUCGGUCCACAGUCCUUCCCAUUCUGCUGCAGCCCCUGCAGCCAAAGGAGACUCGGGGAAUGAACUGCUGAAGCAUUUGUUGAAAAACAAAAAGUCCGCUUCCCUUUUAAGUCAAAGACCUGAAGGCACUUUCUGCCCAGAAGACAGCUGCCCAAAGGAGAAUAAGCUGGCUGAGAAGCAGAGCCCAGUAGAAGGACUGCAAACUUUGGGGGCUCAAAUGCAAAGUGGUUUUGGAUGUGGCAACAGCCAGUUGCCAAAAUCAGAUGGAGGAAAUGAAACCAAGAAACAGCGAAGCAAACGGACUCAGAGGACUGGGGAGAGAGCAGCACCUCGCUCAAAGAAAAGGAAAAAGGACGAAGAGGAGAAACACGUGAUGUUCUCCAACUCUGACUCCUUCACCCAACUGAAACAGCAGCUCUCUCUGCUCCCUCUAAUGGAACCGAUCAUUGGAGUGAACUUUGCGCACUUUCUUCCUUAUGGCAGUGGCCAAUUUAAUAGUGGGAAUCGACUUCUAGGAACUUUUGGCAGUGCCACCCUUGAAGGGGUUUCGGACUACUGUUCUCAGUUGACACACAAGCAGAAUAACUUAAGUAAUCCUCCAACACCCCCUGCCUCUCUUCCUCCUACACCACCUCCUAUGGCUUGUCAGAAGAUGGCAAAUGGUUUUGCGACAACUGAAGAACUUGCAGGAAAAGCUGGAGUUCUGGUGAGCCAUGAAGUUACCAAAACCCUGGGGCCAAAGCCUUUUCAGCUGCCAUUCAGGCCACAGGAUGACUUGCUGGCCCGAGCUAUUGCUCAAGGCCCAAAGACAGUCGAUGUUCCAGCCUCCCUCCCAACACCACCUCAUAACAACCAGGAAGAAUUAAGGAUACAGGAUCACUGUGGUGAUCGUGACACUCCAGACAGCUUUGUGCCCUCAUCCUCUCCGGAGAGUGUGGUUGGGGUGGAAGUGAGCAGGUAUCCAGAUCUGUCUCAGGUCAAAGAGGAGCCUCCAGAGCCAGUGCCAUCCCCCAUCAUCCCCAUCCUCCCUAGCAUCACUGGGAAAAGUUCAGAAUCCAGAAGGAAUGACAUCAAAACUGAGCCAGGCACUUUAUUUUUUACAUCACCUUUUGGUUCAUCCCCAAAUGGUCCCAGAUCAGGUCUUAUAUCUGUAGCAAUUACCCUGCAUCCCACAGCUGCUGAGAACAUUAGCAGUGUUGUGGCUGCGUUUUCUGACCUUCUCCACGUCCGAAUUCCUAACAGCUAUGAGGUUAGUAAUGCUCCAGAUGUUCCCUCCAUGGGUUUGGUCAAUAGCCACAGAGUAAACCCAGGUUUGGAGUAUCGACAGCAGUUACUUCUUCGUGGGCCUCCACCAGGAUCUGCAAAUCCUCCCAGAUUAGCCAGCUCUUACCGGCUGAAGCCGCCUAAUGUACCAUUUCCUCCAACAAGCAAUGGUCUCUCUGGAUAUAAGGAUUCUAGCCACGGCGUCACUGAAAGCGGAGUGCUCCGGCCUCAGUGGUGCUGUCACUGCAAGGUGGUUAUUCUUGGAAGUGGGGUACGGAAGUCUUUCAAGGAUCUAGCCUUUGCAAACAAGGAUUCCCGGGAGAGCAUUAGGAGAAUGGAGAAGGACAUUGUCUUUUGUAGUAAUAACUGCUUUAUUCUUUAUUCAUCAACCACACAAGCGAAAAACCCAGAGAGUAAGGAGCCCAUCCCUUCGCUGCCACAGUCGCCUCUGAGAGAGAUGCCCUCCAAGGCAUUCCACCAGUACAGCAACAACAUCUCCACUUUGGACGUGCACUGUCUCCCCAAGUUCCAGGAGAAAGCAUCCCCCCCUCCCUCGCCUCCCAUUGCAUUCCCUCCUGCCUUUGAGGCAGCCCAAGUGGAGGCGAAGCCUGAUGAGCUCAAGGUAACGGUCAAGCUGAAGCCUCGGCUGAGGACUGUCCACGGUGGGCUUGAAGACUGUCGGCCACUAAAUAAGAAGUGGAGAGGAAUGAAGUGGAAGAAAUGGAGCAUUCAUAUUGUAAUCCCUAAGGGGACAUUCAAACCGCCGUGUGAGGAUGAAAUAGAUGAGUUUCUAAGGAAACUGGGCACUUCUCUUAAACCUGACCCUGUGCCUAAAGACUACCGAAAGUGUUGCUUUUGUCACGAAGAAGGUGAUGGGUUGACAGAUGGACCAGCUAGGCUGCUCAACCUCGACCUGGACCUGUGGGUCCACUUGAAUUGUGCUCUGUGGUCCACCGAGGUCUAUGAGACUCAGGCUGGUGCCUUAAUAAAUGUAGAGCUAGCCCUGAGGAGAGGCCUGCAGAUGAAAUGUGUCUUCUGUCAUAAGACGGGUGCCACCAGUGGAUGUCACAGAUUCCGGUGCACCAACAUUUAUCACUUUACUUGCGCCAUUAAAGCACAAUGCAUGUUUUUUAAGGACAAAACUAUGCUUUGCCCCAUGCACAAACCAAAGGGAAUCCAUGAGCAAGAGCUAAGUUACUUUGCCGUCUUCAGAAGGGUCUAUGUGCAACGGGAUGAGGUACGGCAGAUCGCCAGCAUUGUGCAGCGAGGAGAACGGGACCAUACCUUCCGCGUGGGAAGCCUUAUCUUCCACACGAUUGGCCAGCUGCUUCCACAGCAAAUGCAGGCAUUCCACUCUCCUAAAGCACUCUUUCCUGUGGGCUAUGAAGCCAGUCGGUUGUACUGGAGCACUCGCUAUGCCAACAGACGCUGCCGUUACCUGUGUUCCAUUGAGGAGAAAGAUGGACGCCCAGUGUUUGUCAUCAGGAUCGUGGAGCAAGGCCAUGAAGACCUGGUCUUGAGUGACUCAUCACCCAAAGGUGUUUGGGAUAAGAUUUUAGAGCCUGUGGCAUGUGUGAGGAAGAAAUCUGAAAUGCUCCAGCUCUUCCCCGCGUAUUUAAAAGGAGAAGACCUGUUCGGCCUGACUGUCUCGGCGGUGGCGCGCAUAGCUGAAUCACUGCCCGGGGUUGAGGCGUGUGAGAACUACAGCUUCCGGUACGGCCGGAAUCCUCUCAUGGAGCUUCCCCUCGCCGUGAACCCCACAGGCUGUGCCCGCUCGGAACCUAAAAUGAGUGCCCAUGUCAAGAGGUUUGUGUUAAGGCCUCACACCCUCAACAGCACCAGCACCUCCAAGUCCUUCCAGAGCACAGUGACGGGCGAGCUGAACGCGCCCUACAGCAAGCAGUUCGUCCACUCCAAGUCAUCUCAGUACCGAAGAAUGAAGACCGAGUGGAAAUCCAAUGUGUAUCUCGCCCGGUCUCGGAUCCAGGGGCUGGGCCUGUACGCCGCUAGAGACAUCGAGAAGCACACCAUGGUGAUCGAGUACAUCGGAACGAUCAUUCGCAAUGAAGUGGCCAACAGGAAGGAGAAACUCUAUGAGUCCCAGAACCGCGGAGUGUACAUGUUCCGCAUGGACAACGACCACGUGAUCGACGCCACACUCACAGGAGGGCCUGCAAGGUAUAUCAACCAUUCCUGUGCCCCGAACUGUGUGGCUGAAGUGGUCACUUUUGAGAGAGGACACAAGAUCAUCAUCAGCUCCAACCGGAGAAUCCAGAAAGGAGAAGAGGUGUGCUACGACUACAACUUUUAUAGCUGUUUUGGUAAUUUAAACUAAUUUUUUCAUAUUAUAUUGUUGCAUCCCUACUUCUUCAGUCAGGUUUUUUUGUGCUUACAAUUUGUGAUAACUGUGAAUAACUGUUCAAACACCCAAUGGAGGCUGAGCUUUUUCUUCAGCAGUAGUUUUGACUAGACCACAAAGAAUCACGUAAACAUACUAGAAUCAUGUAGCAGGAACUUAACCUAAUUCCUUAGCCUUCUAUUUAACACAAAAAUUUGAAAAAUUAAAAAAAAAAAAAAGACAAGAGCGAGAGACGCAAUUGUGCUCACAGCUGCAGGACUCCGGCAAUAGGGUUUUUCGAAGAUGUAAUUUUAAAAUGUGUUUGUAUGAACUGUUUGUUUACAUUUCUUUAAUAAAAAAAACACUGUUUUGUGUUUGCUUGUAGAAACUUAAUCAGCAUUUUGAACCAGGUUAGCUUUUUAUUUUGUACUUUAAAAAUCCUGGUACUGACACUUCACAGGCUAAGUAGGAAAUGAAGACUUUCGUGAGCUGUCGGUACAGCCAGUGAUGCAGUUCGGAACCUGUAAUGUAUAUGGCAUGAUGUAUUUUUAUCUUACAGAAUAAAUCAAUUGUAUAUAUUUUUCUCUUGAUAAAUAGCUGUAUGAAAUUUGUUUCUUGGAUAUUUUUCUUCUCUUGUACAAAUUCUGACAUCCUACCAGUAUUUGUCCUCCCAGGUUUUGUUGUUUCUGUUCUGUAUAAUAGUAUCUAAUGUUGGCAAAAAUUGAAUUUUUUGAAGUAUACAGAGUGUUAUGGGUUUUGGAAUUUGUGGACACAGAUUUAGAAGAUCACCAUUUACAAAUAAAAUAUUUUACAUCUAUAAA